AUGCUUCUCAGUCUUGGUACCCUGAUCUUAGCUCUGUUUCUUGGAGGAGAAGCCCAAGUCUCAAAUCCUGGUAUUUUUGACCCCAACUGCAAGGACCAUCUGGACAACUGCCAUGAGUUCCAGUGGGACACAUGUCUCAACAAACUGUUCAAGCAAUGGGUGAUAGACAACUGCAUCCAGUAUUGCAAGCUUUGUAUUGGACCUACGACUACGACAACGACUACACCAACUCCACCGUGUAUUGACACGGAAGCCAACUGUCACAGCUACCCGGACGACAUAUGCACGAAAGAUCUGUACAGGGCAUGGGCAAAGGCUCACUGCCGGGUGACCUGUGGGUUCUGUGGCGUUGUUCAGGGUGUGCCCACUCCUAAGAUUGACUAG